UGAAUGUUUGAAAGCUAUUUUUUUUUAAACAAUAACCCAAGAUUUCGAUAGCAACAACCCUGAAACUAAAAACAAUAUGGCGGAAUGCAGUGAAAGAUAAGACCUAUAAACUCCUGAAGUGUGAUAACUAGAUUUGGGAAGCUUUUGAAGAUGGAAGUAGAUGAGAGGCUCCGCUGGUUUGAAGUCCACAUAACAUCAAGUUUACGGCCUCGUAACGAUGACCUGAAAACACUCUUCAAUAGUGAUGAAUAUAGACAAAUAUUUAUGGAAUUUUGCAAUAAUGAAGAUAUACGUCGCUUGUUUGUGUAUACAAAAGAGCCAAAGACAACCCUUACCGUGUCCAUUAGUCCCCCUCUGAAGUUUCAUGGCAAGGCCAUGUUCUUUCUCAAGACAAACCAGGCUUCGAAACUCACCAAGGACAACAUAAGGGAGGAUGUUGUUUACACUGACUGCAAUACAAUAGCACUGAAUCAACUUGAUCUGCUUGCUAGGGAGGUUUAUCUUCCAUUGCUAUGUACUGAUGGUGUGCAAACCUACGGCGGUGUCAGCGCAGACAAACUGCUAGAUAUUUUGCAUAGGAUGAUGGGAAUGACUGAAGUCACAGAAGGCCAUUUAGAGGGCACAAUAACUCUUCCAUUACCUUCCAUUGAGGUGCUAGCCGAUGCUGCUAGCCUUCCAAACAGACGUGCCGCUGUCAUCCAUGUCUUAGAGUCUUCAGUGAUUGGCUGGAUUAAGCAGAUACGUAUUGUCUUGAAACAUGAACCUCUGCAAGAGUUAGCUGCUCAGUUUGGGACCCAUCCAGGUCCACUGGAUGAACUGGCGCUGUGGAAACAACGUCAAAUUAAACUGCGAUCCAUCAACACUCAGCUGGACUCGGCAGUAGCCAGCGAUAUCCUACUGAACUUGGACGAGGCUAAUAGUACCUACUCACACUCAUUUCAUAACGUCAGAAAAGAAAUCUCACAGGCAAUGGUAGAAACAGAAGAAAAUCUAAGAUUCCUGAAGACAUUGAAGCACUGGUUUGAACAGCUUCACUUGGCAUCUACCCCUGCUACGAUGCUUACUAUUUUUCCUCCUCUGGUACACACAUUGAUGCUGGUUUGGUCUCACUCAAGGUAUUACCAUGUGCCAAGUAACUUCCACAAUUUACUGAGACUGGUCUCCAAUGAAGUUGUAGCACGUGCUGAGAAUCUUGUAGGGAAUCACAUACUAAAGAACACUCUUGAGUCAUAUGCUGGUUUGAAGGAUGCCUUACGGGUAAGCGCUGCCUUCAGGGGCACCUACCUUGAUAUGAAAGACAGAGCAGAUGAAGUGAACAUGGAACGUGUGUCUGAGACUACCGAGGCAAUGACAAUGAACCCACCGAAAGGCAUGUUGUACAACACAAAGCUGUAUUCGACAGCAAGUCGCCGCAAGACACGUACACCGACAGCCGAUCUACUCCGAACCACCAGUGCCAUGAGUGUGAUCGUUAUCCAGGAGGAUGAGUGGAUUGAUUCACCCUGGCCCCAGCGUAAUGCCCCUUGCUUCAACCUCAUGAAUAGCUUUAUGGAAAGAUGCAACGAUCUGCUAGAGUUGGUCCAAACCACAGGGCAUUUCAACCUGUUGCAGAAGGCUGCUGAAGUAGGCGGUGCUGGCACUAAGAGUCUUGAUGCUCUUGUAAGGGAAAUUCACAGGCAGUUUACGGAGAGCAUGGAUUCUUUCAACCGAAAUGUGGAGAAUAUUCUAGAUUUGAUGGCAACACAGGCCUUCGAAAAAGCUUUUUUUACAUUUAGAACAAUUGUUAAGGACCUUGAAAGGCAAUUAGCAUUUGUGCUAAGGCAGAGUUUCCAGCAAUGUCCAACUAUCGGAUCUCAGCUGCGUUUACUGGAGGUCUUUGAAGGAAUCAGCAGCCGGGAGCUCGUCCAGAAACACCUGAAAGACAAAGACAGCCAAUUGGUGAUGUCAUUCACCUCAGAAUUGAUCUCUGUUCGGAACAUGUUCAUCAAAGGGAAUAGGUCACCACCUCAGCAUUCCCAUUUUCCUCCGGUUGUCAGCAGACUCAUCUGGAUCAGAGCAUUACGAAGAAGAAUACAGGAGCCAAUGGAGAAACUAAAAAGGGUCAGUCCACAUUCGCUAGAGGGCGACACAGGCUGGCAUCUUAGGGAUCAAUUUGCUGAAGCAAUGAAAGAGUUCACAAAUUACGAGGAGAAAACGAUUACUGACUGGCAAGUAAACAUACAAGCUGAACUACAUGAUAGAGUCAAGCAACCAUUGUUGGUCGCUGAUGAAUUCAGUGACGAUGUGGAAAUGCGGCCACAGUUGGUUCACGUCAACUUGGAUCCCGACCUUCUCUUGCUUCUUCGUGAAGUUCAUUAUUUAUCGCAAGAACCGUUUAACAUAAAACUACCGGACAAUGUUCGCACAAUGCUACGGCAUACAGAUGGUAACUCAUUGAGGACGAUGGGUGCCAGACUUGAGACCAUUGUAGCCAAGUACAACUCAGUUAUGAGAUGUCUCGUUGAAUUUGAGAAGCCCUUGUUUGAAAGGAAGUUAAACAAGAUUGAUCAUUUAUUUGAUCAAGGUUUGAACCAUUACACAUGGAAUAUGACAGAGAGUGCCGACUUCAUUGAACUGGCAUCGUCAUUGGUCAGUUUGGACCUUCACCGGACACUCGCCAUUAUACAGACCAACUGCCAGGAGAUAGUGGACAUAACACAGUGCUGGUCAUUAGCUGGACUGGAUGUAUUUACAUCAAGGGACAAUGAUACAAGCUACUCAAUGAAUGACCUCAUAGAAUGGCAAAUAAAACUAAAUGAAGAAUUUGAACGUAAUGUAAAGCCAUCUGGACAGCGCAUCCAUUCUCUUCUCAUGGACUCAUUCCAGGCUGUGCAAAUAAGCAAAGCCUCUCCAGCAUGGGAAGAUUAUGUUGAACAUAUUGAUGCAUUGGUGUUGGAUGGCCUCAAAGAAGCUACGUUGAAGUCAUUACGCAACAUGCUCAAUACUUUGGUACAUUGUAAUAUGGCAGAGGAGAUAUCUGUACCGAUUUUGACCAUCCGUUUGGAGCUGAUAGAAAAUGCUGUGUCGUUUACACCACCAUUGGACCAUAACACAGCUGUUACUUGCGUUGAAGAAGAGGUUGAUCAGUGGUUGAACAUGUACAGGGGUCGAGGCUCCUUAGUACCCAUGCUAAGUCCUGAAUCUGAGGGAGGAUAUCAUGAUUUCAUCGCAUUAGAUGAAGAAAUACUCCAGCUUUCAGAGCAAAUAACUUUGCUAGUGAGAGAAAACAGUGAGGAGUGUAAGAAACUGUUAGAGCUGUUCAGUAACUACACAUUCCUGUGGAUGCAGGACAUCAGUGAAACAUUUGAAGAGUUUCUGUAUGGACGUUUGACCCCUACCCCGACCAGCUCUCCUAAGAAGACAACCAUUAUGAGAUCAGCAGCAUCAGCAAGAUCCCAAAUAUCGGCUCGUAGUGGCAGAGCUAGCUCCGCUUCUAAUAGCAUUGGUCGAGCAGGAUUAAUGGGCACGGCAGAGAAGUCUUUCCUUUCUCCACAGCACUCACGAGAUGAACAUGUCAAUGUGCCAUCUCUUGACAUGUUUGAUGUGGAGAUUGAUGUCUAUAGGCGAUCACGUGAUGAAAUUGCUAACAUUAUGGAUUACACGGAUGUGGGAUGGCUUAGGGUUGACAUGACACCAAUUAAACAGGUUCUGACAACCUACACCAGCAGGUGGAUGUGGACUUUCAUCAAAUAUCUGUCAGAUCAAGUGACAGGUAUGCUUCGAGAUUUAGAUGAUUUCUUGAAGAGAACAGAGCCUGAGAUUGAAAGUAUUACCGGAGAGGAGAGAGACACAGCUUCAUUCAUGAAAAUGAUGAGACUAUUUAAUACGGUAUCUGCUAAGCAGCAAGAGAUGGAUGGCAAGUUCACAGCAAUGAACCGCACUGUCCUCCUCAUAGAGAAAUAUGGCCACACCCUGCCACAAGCCACGCAGAAACUCUUUAGCGCUGCUCCAAGCCGCUGGAAUAACCUCAAGACCAAGGUGUCAUUAGCCAAACAGCGACUAGGGCCUAGGAUCCAAGAGGAGUCGGCUAGAAUUACCAAGGACUUGGCUGCCUUUGGAAAGCAUGUUGAGGAGUUAAGCCACACACUGAUGACAUCAGAUGUGUACUCAAGAGAAUGUGGCAUGGAGAAUGCCUUCCAAGCUAUCAGCCAGUUCUUCCAUCAGCUGGACCAGCUUGAUAAUGAAGCUCAGGAUUUGAUCGAGCUACAAGAGCUACUUGAAACAGCAGUGGUCAAUUUCUCCAUCCUACCAGAGUGCCGUCAUGAACUGCGCAAUCUACAACAAGUGUGGGAGACAGUUCAGGAGGUCAAUGACCAGCAGGAGCAAUGGAAGCAGGAGACCUGGCAAAAGAUGAACACCAAGUACCUACGUGAUUCUACUAAUGACCAGUUGACCAUGGUCCGCUCACUUCCCGAUGAUGUCCAUGUAUGGGAUGUGUACUUGCAGAUGCAAGAGUCCAUUCUAGUAAUCCAGGCUUGUCUACCCCUGAUAGAUGACCUGAGCAAUCCAGCCAUGAGGACACGUCACUGGAAACAGCUAGUGAGAGUGACCGGAGGCAUCCUACAGAUUGACAAUGAUAGCCUGAAAAGAAUGACUCUUGGUCAACUUCUACAACUUGGUCUACAAAAUCAUGUUGAUGAGGUUCGAGCUAUUGUGUACCGUGCAGUGAAGGAUGUCUCAAUUGAAAGCGCCCUCAGGACAUAUGAAGAGAUCUGGCUGAGUAAGAUCUUUGAUCUGAAAACACAUGUUCGUACCACUGCUGUCGCUGAGCGUGUGGAUAAAGACGACGGAAACAAGAGUGAAUAUUCCGAAUCAGAGGCGGGAACAGGAACACGAAGCAUGAUUCUAGGCCGGCGUGCACACAGCCGUAUGUCUAGUCAGACCUUGGGGACAGGAGGUGGAAGACACAGACGAGCUAGUGUGUCAUCCCUGCCAGCCUCACUGCUUAACCUUGGAGAGGACUCUGGAGUACUGAACCUGCUUUCAGAUGUUGAUCCAAUAUUUGAUGAGUUGGAGUCCCACCAGGUGUCUCUCCAGAGCAUGCAAAGCAGUAGCGCAGCUGGUUCAUUCCUCGAUGAAGUUCUGAAGUGGCAAAAGCGACUACAGACUAUCGAGGCAGUAUUGACUGUGUGGUUAGAAGUGCAAGUGAAGUGGGUGGAGCUUGAGGAGGUCUUCAGUGGGCUGGAUAUCAAGACAUCACUAAACCAUGAGUCUGGUUUGUUUAGCUCAGCUAAUAGAGAUUUUAGACUCCUUAUGAGAGCAACAGAACGAAACCCAAAUGUACUGCAAUGUUGUCAAAGAAAAGGCAUAUUGCCUUUGCUGGAGAAGAUGAACCACCAUUUGGAGCUUUGCCGUAAAUCUCUACUAGAUCAUCUGGAGAAAAGGCGCCAGAAGUUUCCUCGAUUCUAUUUCUUAUCCAUGGAAGAUGUACUACACAUUGUCUGCAAUGGAUAUGAUCUGAAUAUGGCAAACCUUUACCUACCCAAACUGUUUGAGAACAUGGGACGGCUUGUGUUUGAGGAAGCUCCGGAGGAUUUGGAGGCCCAUUUUCAAGUUACAGGUGUUUUGAGCAACUUGGGAGAGAAACUUCCUCUUAAACAGACUGUUGUUUGUGAUGGUCCAAUUGAAAACUGGCUAGCUGUGUUGAUUCCUACAAUCAAAUCUAGCCUCCAGCAGCAGCUAACAUCAUCCCUCAAUCAUCAGGUAGCCAAUAGCAGGAUGGUUGAGCGAGAGAUCCAUAGUGCUGGGGCUAGACGAGUCACUUUGUUGAAAGAUGACAAGAAAGAUUUGAGCAGCCGAUCUGGUAGCCGUACAGGUAUUUAUGAGAAGAAUCUUCCAGGUGCAAAAGAGACAUCAGACGAUUCCGUACCAACCUCCAAGUCUUGGAUGUUGGACAAUGUUGCUGAGGUUGUUCACCUCACCACUCAGAUUCAGAUAACUGAUCAGGUUGAGAAAUGUCUGAAGGCAGUAGAUGGUGGUGAGAAAGAAGCUAUUAAGGAAGCAGUUGAGAGGGUAGAACAAAGCAUACAAGCAGCUGUUGUCAUGAUGAAAGGGAUCGAAGAUGAGGAAGAAAAGAAAGCAAGAUUGAGGAGGAAAAGGGAAUUGCUGAUUCGAGAAGUAGCUGAGAAGCCUCAACGUGAAAACAGUGCAUCAGAUGUGGUUACCUACAGUCGCUUAAGUGCACAUCACAGUAGUACUCAGUCAUUUAAGGCCUCUAAUUGGUCCUUGAAUGAGCCAAUGCAAGGGCCUAUUGCAGAGGUACCUAGUGGAAGGUCAACACAACUGGAAGGAAUGACUGAAGAGGGAGAAGAAGGUGUAAAACCACUGAAUACGAUGAAGGUUGUUCUUCCCCCUGAAAGACGUAUGCUGAAGGUGGUUGAGGAAGAACAGGUUGAUAAAUCAGAACUAAAGCUGAUGCUGUUUCCGGCACAAAUUCAGAAGAUCAGCAACCUCAUUGCUCUUCUAGCUAACCAGAGAGAAAUCUUGAACAGAUUUGAGAAAAGACAAGCAUCUGGUGAGACAGGUCUGACUGAGAGCUUUGAAUGGCAGUCCCAGAUGCAAUACUGCUGGACACCUGAGAACGCUACACUUACUGUCAAGAGUAUGUUGAACGAGUUUGAGUAUGGCUUUGAGUAUAUGGGUUCCACAUCUCGACUGGUACAGACUCCUGUGACUGAGAAGGCUUACCUAACCCUCAUCCAGGCCAUCAAAGCACACAUGGGAGCAAUGGGAGUAGGCCCUAAUUGGAAUAGCCGUAUUGAGGUUGUACGUGAUCUAGCUAAGGCUCUUGGCCAGCCCCUCUACCUGUUCAACUGUUCCAAAUCCAUGGACUCUUUCCUUUUAGCAGAUGUGUUUAAAGGAUUAGCAAGUACAGGCUGCUGGGUUUGUUUCAACAACCUAAAUCACAUUUUACCAAAUGUGCUGAGCAUAUUCACACAGUUUCUUACUCAGUACCUGGAUGCCAAACGUGCAGGCAAAUCCAGCCUGACUGUGUUCAGCGAGGAGGUAGGCUUGAACUCGGCUGGUGCCUGUUUUGCUACAAUGGACAGCGCCCUUGAUCUGACAACAAGCGCAGCUGAGAAACGCCUGAUCUUGAACUCAUCAGUCGCACAACUUCCUCCAUCGCUUGUUGCUGCCUUUCGAACGGUGUCCAUUCAGAAUCCAGAUUUCAGAAUUGCUGUUGAAGUGCUUCUCCUCAGUCAAGGUUUUGUGCGAGCUGGUGAACUGGCCAAGAAACUGUUGACACUACGCGAGAUGUACAACAAGAUGAUUCCUGCAGAAGUGCGCAAUGCAGACAAGAUCAAGAUUGGUAGUGAUCAGCAUGAGACGUCUCAUGGCUGGAGUAUUCAAAAUCUUCGUAAUGUCAUCAAUGAAGCAGGAUCUAUUUUGGAUGAUAUGCUAACGCAAAAGAUACAGAAUAUGCCGUACCCUGAAUUAGAUACUGUAAAUGAAGAUGAUGAAACCAACGAGGAAUCAGCAGAAGAACCAAAGCCAGACAUCAGGGAAGCCAUCACAAUACCGGAGGAGUACAUAGCAGAUGAGCCCGAAGCACUGGUUCUUGCCCUCAGAGAUAUGUUCAUGCCGCGCCUCCAUGGUAGCGAUGCUGAAAUGUUUAUUACAUUGGUCGAGGAUCUGUUCCCCUCUGUGAAGAUUGCUAUGACUUUUGAAGGAGCUUCACAGGAUGAUGAUUGUUUGGAGUUGAAUACAGCAGUUGUAAACAUCCAACCAGAUUAUCAAGUCAACCAGGUGUUAAGUGGUGUGAAUUCACAGGAUACCCAGCCUCUAGACAACUUAGAUUCUGCCAUUGCUGUAGGCACUCAACGUCUAGGCCUACUACCAGGUAGAGCUUUCCAGGCCAGAGUAGCUCAACUAGCCCAGCUGAUGGAAACACACCAAACAGUUGCUGUUGUUGGUCCAGCUGGGUGUGGCAAGAGUGAAUGCAUCAAGACGCUGACUGGUGCUCAACGUGAGCUAGGCCAUUUUGUUAGUGUUCAGCGCCUCUAUUCACAAGCAGUUGAGCCCCAGGAGUUGCUUGGUUAUUACAACUCAUCCAGUGAGUGGAGUGAUGGUCUGUUUACCACACUACUCAGGAAGCACUGUUUGGUAUGUGAUGUUGACUUUGUGAACAGCAAGCCUCUGAUUAAACUUAUUCACCUUGAUGGACAGGUUGACGCAAGUCAGAUGGAGGUGUUUGGUUCCAUAUUUCACAAUGACGGCUGCCUGGUUUUAGCCAACAAUGAGAGAAUCCACAUCCCACAUCAUAUCCGUAUCAUAUGGGAGCUGGGCUCCCUGGCUCAUAUCAGUCCUGCAGUGUUGUCACGCAUUGGUCUUCUCUCAAUGGACAAGUCGGAUGUCAGCUGGCGCCUUUACCUUCGUCGCUGGAUUCAGAACCAACCGGAGGGUGAUCAGAACCGCCUGCACACCCUAACUGAAAGAUAUGUCGGUACCGUCAUAGACUACUUGUCACAAUCCACAAGGCCUACACUUAUUCCUGGUGGAAAGGGAAAAUCAGAACCUAAACUAAAACGCAUGAUUGAUGUCAGUGAAAUGAACAUGGUUAUGACCUUCUGCAACCUACUGGAGGCCCUGAUAGCCCAGCAUCCUCAGCUAAGUGACUUGGAAUAUGAAAACUACCUGAACUUUGCAGCAGUCUGGGCUUUUGGAGGAACACUUGAUGAUAAGUCUCGGACAAUGCUCAGUACUUGGUGGCGCUCCACAUUUCAGCAGUAUGUACAGUAUCCGGAAGAAGGCGAGGUCUGGGAUUACUUCGUUGAUGGAGAUUCACAUAACUUCAUUGACUGGAAUGAAGCUAUUCCACCUUAUAGCAUGCCUCCCCAUGAAGGAAUUCCAGCUGAUGCAUUUGUAAGAACAAAAAGCUAUGAGCAACUGUCAUACAUCCUUGGUUUGUUGUCUGACAAUGGUAAACCAGUGAUGCUAGCAGGAGAACCAGGAUGUGGCAAGACACUCAUCUUCCAAGACCGCAUGAAGACAAUUUGCUCUGGAGAGGUUGCUGAAGUCUUGGCUUUGAAUGUCACUACAAACAGAUUCACAACAAGUCGAGUGCUGUGGCAACGCCUCGAGGAGAAACUUGAAUGGAAACAUGGUCGCACAUAUGUACCAAAAGGAAACAAGAAACUAAUGUGUCUAGUUGAUGACCUAAAUCUUGCUAGUAUGAAUGUGAAUGGUUGUCAGUCUGCAUGUGAGAUGAUUCGUCAGCACAUGGAUUCAGGCGGAGUCUACGAGCCUGACCUUCAGGUCUUGCGUGAGGUCAAGAAUGUGACGUACGUUACAACACUGAAUCCCAACACACCGGCUAGUGUGCCGUCAAUUAGUCCACGUCUUCUGCGUCACUUUGGAGUAUUUUCUAUGCCGUAUCCAAGGGAUGAGGAGUUGCAUACAAUAUAUACUACUCUACUGAACACCCAUUUCUGUACCCCAUCGAGUUCAUCAACAUCUGCAAGAGAUAAGCAACAAUUGCACCUUGUCGACAAAGAGGAGGCAAAGCUGAAGGAGCUGAUGUCCAUGAUGGUCAGUGUGACCCUUGAAGUCCAGUCACGCAUGAGGACAAUGUUUUUGACCACCGCAGAAAGGUGCCAUUACAUGUUCAAUGUCAGGGAACUAUCAAGAGUCUUCAAGAACAUCUGCCUGUCAUUGAACCCUGGUGUCAAACUUGAAACCCUUCUGCUACUCUGGCGUCAUGAGUGCGAAUGGAUUUACAGUGAGCGUCUUGUUAGCCCUGUUGAUGUUGAGCGAUACAAUCAAGUCUUUGUUACAGCGGCUAAGAAGCAAUUCACAAGUGAAGAAUUUGACAAAGAAGACAAGGAGAUACCUAGUGAAGUUCGAGAGAAAAUGUUAAAGAUUGUCAUAGACCUAAAGCAGCCAUUAUUCAGCAACUUGGUUGAACAAGACAGUGGCAUAGUCACUGCUGGUGGAUACAAGGUGUCUUCAACAACAAGCAGUAUUGCAGGGGAUGAAGAGGGUACCGAUCAGUACCAGCCACGUUACAAUGUAGAUCACGUGCGCUUGCUAAUGCAAGAUGCGGUGGAGGAGUACAACAAGGGGCAUCCACGUAUAAAACUCGCCCUUUAUCGGGAGACGAUUGAACGCGUGUGUCGCUUAGCCCGGACCAUUCAGUCUCCUCAUGAAGUAGGCCAUGCUCUGCUGGUUGUGGAAGGCAACCCCGGAAUAGGUGAUCUCUUCCCACGCCUUGCAGCUCACUUGUGUGGAUUCGUGGUCUUCGAGGUGAAUCCGUCACCAGUUGCAUCUCCCACGACCUACAAACUAAACCAGUUUAAAGCAGAUUUAGUUACAGCUUACACCAAAGCAGGAGUCAAGGGUGAGAAGGUUCUCCUGUUGCUUACUGAAGAGGAACUCAUGGAAGAAGAUUUCUUGGUGUACAUUGGUGAGUUUGUAGUGACAGGUGCCAUUACACACCUGUUCACCUCCGAAGAGCAGACAUCAAUCAUUAACUCCAUCAGAACUGAUGUCACAGCAGCCGGACUGACGUACACAAGGGACACUGCCUGGGAUUUCUUUCUAAAGACUGUUCGGAACAAUGUGCGGGUUGUGUUGGUGUCAUCAACAAGUGGAGCUGACUUCCAGAGACGUUGUCGGGAGUACCCAGCCCUCACAGCCAAUCUUAACUGCUACUGGUUCCAGCAUUGGAGCAGAGAGGCUCUAGUUGAGCAUGCAAUGUAUCAUCUCAAAGAGUUCCGUGUGGUUACCAGCAUGCAACGGGAGAAUCUUGCGCAUCUGUUGGCUUCAAUCCACCUGGCAAUUAGACAGUUGGACGGCAAAGAAACAAGCGCGGGCCAGUACAACCACCUGACAAACACAACAUUUGAAAAGUUCAUAGAAUGCUUUGUGAACAUGAUGUUUGAACGUAAACGACAUAUUGAAUCAGAACACGAAACGGUGACUACUGCACUGCAGUACAUUAACAGAGAGAACAAACUUGCAACACGACUUAAAAAACAACUUGAGCAUGAACUGAUUGUGCUGGAGGAAAGAAAAGAGGGUACCAUCAAACUUUUGAGUCAGAUUGGUCAGGACACAGCCAUCACAGAGCAGCAGGUCAAGACAGUCAUGAAACAAAUGGACAAGAUUGAUAAACUUAAACAGGCCCUGCCUCAAUACUCCCUAGCCCAUGAGAGAGCAGUGUACAAGACUGUAGCCGUUGUAGCUGACACCAAGAAGAUAGUAGAGAACAUUGACACAAACAGCCUACAGGAGUUAAGAGCCAUGCAGAAGCCUGAUGUAGAUAUAGAGGACCUCAUGGCUGCCAUUAUUAUGAUAUUGAAAAAUCCAUCAUCUGAUUUGACCUGGAGCAAAGGGGCUAAGCGUCAGAUGGCAAACCUAGAGAGGUUUCUUGAGGAGCUUGCCAGCUUUGAUGACACAGAGUUGCCAGAGUCUACUCUGAAUCUGGUGGAACCGUACCUUAAGAAAGCCUCCUUCCAGCCUCAGAACAUGCGGAGGAAGACAAAUAGUUCUGCUGCAGCUUCCCUUUGUCAAUGGGUUCGAGGAGUUGUAAGAUAUCAUCGUUUAAUGAUAUCAAGAGUGAAGCCUCUCCAUCAGAAAGUAGAAGAUACUACAAAAGAAGUUGAAAUUGCAGAGCACAAGUUAAUGACUUUGGAAAACAAACGCAGGGCACUGGAGGAGAGACUUGCUGACUUGGCGAGUUCUUUCGAAGAAGCAACUGUCGACAAGAAUGACCAGGAAACCAUGUCAGAAACCAUGACCAGACAGCUGGAGACUGCCGACAAAUUCAGAAAAGCCCUUGCAACAGAGCAUGAACACUGUGUUCAAAUUUGCCAGUCACUGCCUCAACGGAUCAUGGCAAGUCCCGGGAGUGUAUCCCUAGCUGCAGCCUUUGUCACGUACCUCGGCCCAUACGACUUCAAUAUUCGCCACACUAUGCUCACUCUUCAUUGGCCGAUGUGCUUGAAAGAACGAGGCGUUCCAUUGGUCAUUGAUUCGAUUGACCCAAUGAAAGGAUGGGUUGUUGAUUGGGCCAUUGAUACUCGUUCUCGAACCAACACAGUGAUGAGCCAAUUUCAAACACCAGUAAAAGACUUGCAACAGAUCAUGGAAAAGCAUGAACUUGAGUCUGGUACUGAUGAAGGUGGUAGUGAGGUUGAUGGUGCAGAGAAAACUCCACAAAGGCCUGACACACAUUUUGAUGAAGGGUUAAAUGAAGACCAAGCAGAUGAAACUGAGAAGAAAGAUGAAGAGAAAGAUGAGAAGACAGAUGAGGAUAAAGAUGAGAAGCAAGGUGAAAGAAUCGUUGACGAAGAGUCUGUCCUUGAAGAAAAUCAGAAAAUGUUGGCAUCGGAGAGCCAUUUUGCUUACUCGGCUGAAACUGUCCCUCAGAUCUCGGCAACUGAUUACCGGCACUAUAUACAUUCACUGGUUAAGUUACUAGUUGGGGAGAACACCUUACAAGACUGGUUAACUAAAGGUUUAAGUCUACAACAAAUAGAGAAUGCAGCCAUUGAAGAAUCAUCAUGGCAACGACCUCCUUUCCUGGUUGACCCUAACAUGAAUGGUAUCCAUUGGGUGAGAAGCAAACUGAAGGGUCAGAGGUUGUGCACAGUUGAUAUGCAAACAAGAUGGCGCCAACUUCAAGUUCGCGUCUAUUCCAAAGAAACGUUUGCGUUCCGAAUGGAAAAUAAACUAGCGUUUGACCCAUCCAUCAUUGUUCAAAUUGAGAAGACAAUCUUGACAGGGAUGCCACUCCUAUUGAUGAACUGUGAGGAGAACUUGGAUAGUAUGGUGACCCCUCUUAUUCACCAUGCCAACCAUGGAAGUCAAAAAGGUCAGCUUGAAGAUGCACGGUUGAUUAAAUAUUCUGGACGCAGGCUACUUUGCAGUAAUAAAUUCAGUUUACAUCUUGCCACCCCUAAUAGCCGUGCCAAGUUUGGUCCCAGAGUUGCUUCCACAACGACCAUCAUUAACUACAACAGCACACCAGAGACACUGCAGUACGAGUUACUGUCACGAACAUUCGCGCGUGUCAUGCCCCAUCUGUAUAUGGAGAGAAAGCAGGUCCUGAAAACCAUACAGCAGCAUAGGGACACAUUGCAGGUUUUAGAAUCUGAACUGUUGAAUGUUCUUGAGAAUGAAGGCAGUGGUCAUGAUGAUAAAGCCCAUGCCAAGAGGGUGUUCCUGAUAGUCGAAGCCAAGGAGGAUAUCUAUCAAAAAUUACUAGAAACUGAGGAAGUUCUGCAAUAUUUGGACAAAAUCUGCAAUGACCUCUCUCCAGUAGCCAAGCGUGGUGCCAUGCUCUUUUCUGUCAUGUCAAGCUUGGAGGGCCUGAGGAGGGAGUACCAGUUUUCUCUGCCAUUCUUUCUCCUGAUGUUCGACAGAGCUGUUGGAGAAGAGCCACCUCAGGAAGAAUCUGAUGACAAACCAACAGAGUUAAUGAGUGAGUACAGUAGAGCUGGAAGCAGGAUGAUGACCAGAGGACUAAGUGCUGGUACCAGAUACUCGGAGAAGAUGGCACCUGAAGAAGAGGGCACAACAGAAGAAGCAGAGCCAGCAGAUAUUUUGGAUGAUAAAGCUGAUGACCUAAUCCUUCCAGAAGUUCCAACAUUCCCGACACCAGGGGUGGAGUACACCAGCUUCUCUGCCAAUCAAGUGAAACAAUUAGUAGACUCGCUAAAUCAGACACUGUUCCAACAUAUCAGGCAGUCAUUAUACGAGGAACACAGACUACUGUUCUCCACUAUGCUGUGCCUCAAUAUUCAGUACGAGGGCGCUAAUCAUUUCAGUGAAGAGGAGUUAGCUCUUCUUUUACAAGGUAACCCAGGCUUUGGAGGAAUGGAACUAACUUUAGCUGAUUUUGACUGUAAGGCUAAGCAACCUUCAUUCCUACCAGAAGCUAAGUGGGAAGACAUGCUUGCCUUGUCAGUGCUGCCUGGCCCCCUUGACAGCUUGUGUGUGCAUGUAGCUGAACAACCAGAGGCCUGGGAAGAAUGGUAUAAACUUGAUGCACCAGAGGAUGAGCCACUUCCAAUCAAACCAGAAUCUGCUGAUACGCAAGCAAACCAACGAGAUCCAGAUAACACUGAUAGUCCAGACCUCAGCCCUCUGAAUGACUUCCAUCAGCUUCUGUUGAUCAGACUCCUUCGUCCAGAUCGUUUGCCAAUCAUAACCGCCCGUUACAUCAGCAAGCAUUUGACCAGCGUCAAACCUUUCAAGUGUACUGUUCCUGCUAUUCUGUCAAGCGCAACACUGUCGCUUGGUGUUCUUGUGUUGAUGCCGCCCUCACCAAGUUCCAACAAUGAACAUCUUCCAAGCUCGUUGAAAAUGAACCGCAAUCCUGUUGAUCUACUUUGCUCGUAUGCGCAGGAUAAAAACAUACACAUUGAUUGUGUGAUUGUUGGGGAGAACACUGAUACACAAAUCUCCAUGGCAAUCGACAGUGCAGCUGACAAGGGAAGCUGGGUCAUAGUUCAAGAUGUGCACCUGGCCUCUGAACUGCUUAUUAUGCAGCUUCAUCAACAGCUUGUCCGUAUUGGCAAUACAGGAGGGCCUUUAGGGCUUAACAGGAUCGAUAAGGAUCACACAGCAGGCUUCUGCGUCUGGAUGACAUGUGAGCCAUGUACAGGCCUGACUGAUAACCUAAUCCAGGCGCUGCGUGUGGUGGCUUGGGAUAUGAUUGAGGAGAGCGUUACAAAUAAUAGUGAAGCUGUUAUUGAAGUGGAGGAACCUAUCCACAACAGCAUAAAUGAUUCUCUCAAGAUUGCUCUUGUUUCUGCUUUGAACAGCAUCCAUCCUAACAAUCUCGGCAAGGUGAGAGACCUGUCACCUGUCCUACGUAACACAGUCUACGGUGUCUGCGUCAUUCAUGGCAUACUUGUUGCACGUCAGAUGUUCGGAAGCCGAGGUAUGUCCCAGUGGUAUGCCCUCAAUGAAGUAGUCAUCAACGAAGCUGUCCAGGUUAUCUUACAAGCUGCUGCAGAGAGGGAGCCCUCUCUACCUGUUCUUCACCAUCUAUUGACAGAGAUUGUUUUUGGCAACAUCGUCACAAAUGAAUGGGAUCAACGUUACCUGGCAACACUCAAUAUGCACAUUCUGAAGGCAACCAUGAACCAAUCAGGCUCCAUUCAGCUUGGUACGACCAAUCUACCUACUCCCCCUGCUAAUGUCGAUGUUGCUGACUUUGGGAGAUGGGCUUCGGAAAAGCUGCCAGAUGGAGGAACAACAGUAAUGGCACUUUGUUUAGAUGGUGCUGUUAAAAAGCAAGUCAACCAAAUAAGUGGGGCUGAGCUUCUGAAAAAUCUUGACACACUAUAUGAACUUCAGCAUGCACCAAUCAGCAGCAGCCUAGCCCAGAUGCACAAUGAACUGAACAUGACAAGGCUACAGUACUCCAUGACAAUUGUAGUGGAACAGCUGCCUGCACUGCUGGAGCUAGGGGAACUACCAUUACACAUCGUAAACCAGGCGGAGCACUACUCCUUCCCAUACCAUGCUCCCUCGCUCAUGAGCUUAUUGAGCAUGGCCAGUGUGGAAAUGCCACAAUCGGUUGGCUUUGUUUUACUACAGGAGUGUCACUGGAUGAAUUCUGUCAUCUGCCACAUCAGACAGACUUUGUAUGAGCUUGACCAGCAUGUACUGGGUGGCCAGCAUGCCAUCCCAGAAGAAUUAGCAUCGACAGCUUCUGCUCUUCAACAGGAACAUGUGCCAUUAUCAUGGUUACAUCCUAAUAGACAACCAACUGAACACACACUCAUUACAUGGCUUCAAGAUUUGUUAAAGCGACAUGGUCAACUGAAGUCGUGGGUGAAAGAGGGUAAAGUGCCAACACGUAGCAGAGGUACCACCUAUCCUCAUGGUCACUUGGUGUCGGUAUGGAUGGGUGGUUUGGUCAACCCUACAGCAGUCAUUACAGCACUGCGUCAUGAGAUGGCAGUCCUGCAGGGUCAUCUUAUAACCGAGGUGGAUUUGAAAUGCCAUGUGUCCACUUCUUAUGAUGAAGACUCCUUUGAUAUAGCCCAUGAAGGUGGUAUGUACUUACAAGGUCUAUACAUUGAGGGUGCAUCAUGGGAUGUGGAUAAUCGUUGCUUAGAUAAAGCAAGAACUUCACUGUCGCUUAUGCCUAGCGUGUACAUCUAUCCUGUUGUCAGGGGAACCAGUGAACAUACUGAUGCAGAGGACAAUGAGUACUGGUUGUAUGAUUGUCCUGUGUUUAUGAACCAGUCAAGGCAAUUUUGUGCAUUCACUCUGAAGCUAAGGUGCCCUGUGCCACUGGAGCAGUGGGUGAUGGCAGGAACCGCUCUUCUACUUGAUCAAGGUAUUCCUGAAGGAGCCAUUAGAAAAUCUUCACAAUUCAAAGUUGCUAAAAGAGAGGUUACAGCAGCAGCUCAUGAUGAUCAUGUAGAUACACCAGAGGCAGCUAAGCAAGCAAUACUAGAUGAAGAGGCAUCUGACAACAUGUCCGAUGUUGAUAUGAAAGAUCAACGAGAAUCUCUCUCGCGCCGUUCCAUCUUGUCUAGGCAAUCACUGCGAAAUUACACUGCUCAGAAGAAGCUUACUGUAGAUAUUGCUGAAGAACCAGAGUUAAAUGAAGAUGAGCUGAAACUAAAUUUGACAGCACGUUCAGAGCAGUUGGAUAUUGAGCGCCAUCAGACAACAGAGUUUGAUUAUCGUAUGCCAUCUAUGUUGGCGAAGAAACAAGAAUUGAUCCAACAUAAUGAGAACCAGAAUGCCAGCAGACAUCCAACUGCGAGGUCAUCUGAAAGUAUACUUUCAUCAGGUGCUGAUAGAAAUGAAAUUGAAAAAGAAAUGUAUAAGAUUGAUGAAAUGAAAGAAAAAUAUGAAGACUAUGGAAGGGAUGGAAAAGGUGAUGAGGAUGAAUUUGAUAAUGAACCAUCACAGAGUUCAUCUCCAUCGUCUAGUGAGAGCUCAGGAAGGACUGUCGAUAGUAGAAACAGUUAUAAUCAUCAUAGCCAAUCAGAAAAGAUGGAUCACAAUAAAUCUGGGAAUGAUGCUUCUUCAGAAGAUGAACCAGCAGAUGAUGAACAAGAUGGCAAGCUGACCUCAUCAAAGACAUCUCUAAUGUCAAAAGACAGUAAAGUAAAAUCUUCCAUCAAUAUUCAAAAUGCAGAUAAACAGUCAAUUCAUAGUGCCUCCUCACAUGUAGAUGGGCCUGCAGAUCAAAAGCUAGAGCAAGAGGAAAAGAUGUCUUCAUCAAUACCAUCUUUAAAUUCCAAAGACAGCAAAAUAAAGUUAAAUGAUAACAUAGAAGCAAUAGCCAGUGAUAAAGAGAGUUCAUCAAAGAUUUCCCUGAAGCAAGAAGAUGAGAAAAGUUUAGGAAAUGGUUUUGAAGAGACAACUAAUGUCAGAACAGAUUCAAGAACAUCGAUUUCUGAAAGAGAACCAGUGGUAGAAAAAGAUAAUUUGAAUAGUGAAUAUGAAGAUGAGAUCAAAAAAGGUAUUAGACCUCACUCUACAAAAUCACAAGUUUCAUCUCCAGAAGUAAAGGAGAAUGAAUCCGUUGUUUCCGAUGGCAAUAAGGGUACAGGUGAUUCUGACAACAAACAAUUUCUCUCCGGAGACUCGGUGAGGUCUGAGGGUGACAUUGAAAAAACAUCACAGAAGGAAAAGUCUGGUUCAGCUGAGGAUCAGGUGAAAACAUCUAAAGUAUCACUUGAAGAGGACAGAGAUACUAAAAAGGAUGUGAAUGGAUCAAAAAUUGUAAAGAAAAAGUCUGUAGCCAAUGAAGAAGAUAAAAAGGAAGAUCAAAGUUCUAAUGCAGGUCGCAGUUCACAGCAGUCAAGAACAUCUUUGAAAUCGGCUCAGCAGACCUACAGUGAUCCUGUCCAAAUAGAGAGAAGUCAAAGAGAAGGAAACUUGCGCAAAAGUUCACAGUCAGUCAAGUCUGACAAGUCACAAAAGACAGUUACCUCUUACAAAUCUGCUCAAAGUGUUUACUCUCAAAAGUCAACAAAGUCUAAUUCUAAAUCACAAGGCAAAAGUGGUUCUCAAUUUAGUGUGCGGUCAGCAAAGGCUGCAACAUUUCACAAGAGUGCCUCUCAAGGGAGUGUCCAGUCAGCAAAGUCUACAAGAUCACAAUUUACGAGUGAAUCAAGGGCAAGCAAUAAAUCAGGUAGAAUGGUUGAAGGAUCGCAACCAAGUGUUAAAUCAGCUCGGAAAAGUGAAAGUGGCAAAAGUCGAGGGUCAGCAGUAAGUAUGAAGUCGCAGGGGGAAUCAGAGAAAGCAAAUGGUACUGAUAGCAAGUUAAAGAGAGUGGAACACCACAGUGGAGACAUAAAUCAGUCUGUUAAUGUAGGCCAAUCAAAUCAGGUACAAGAUAUUGAUUUCUCUGGCGAUGAAGACUAUCCUAAUAUCACUUCCAAAGUAGAGCCUCAAUAUUAGAAUUCAUAUAUACACCAAAGUAGUACAAUCUAUGAAAAAUCUUUAUAUAAAUUUUUUUCUAAAAUCACAGUCUUUUAGAAAAGAAAAUCCAAGUGCUUCUAAAGUUUUUCUCAUAUAAUUCUCUUUUCUUAAAGAACAUUUAUUUUCUUUCAUGUACAGUACAAACCAAUUAUAAUGAAAAAGAUAUUCAUUUUUGAGGCAAAGGAGAAUACUGAUAGCAAAUUGAAGAGAGAAACACCACAGUGCAGAAAAAAUCAGUCUGUUUAUGUGGGCCAAUUAACACAAGUACAGGUUAUCAAUCUCUGGUGAUGAAGACUAAACUAACAUCACUUCCAAAGUAGUGCCUCAGUAUUAGAAUUCAGACACACCAAAUAUGGUACAGUUUUUUUGGAAAAUCUUUAUAAAUAUUCUUCUAAAUCUAAGUGCUUCUAAAUUCCUAAACACUGCAUCAUGCAGAAUAUUUCAUUUUUGAAAAAGGGGUACAAUACUGGAUGUUGAAUGUGUGUGUAUAUAAAUAUUGAUAUUUUAUCUGUGUAUAUAACAUAGCAAGCUAUAUGUAAAAAUGAUAUGUAAUCAGCAUAUUGUACACAACUUCAAGUCAUUUGUUUUUGUUUGAUAAUUACUUGCUCUUUUUGGUUUUUCUUGUAAUUCUCUUUUCUUGAAGAACAUUUAUUUUCUUCCAUGCACAAAAAAAAUUAUAAUGGAAAUAUAUAUAUUCAUU